AAAAAGGCAAUCUGUUGUUACUAAAAGUUGCAUUUCGUGUGGAGACUGUUACUCAUUCUUUUCUCCUGGUGUGAAAACUCCAUGUUACUGACACGAAAGACUGUCAUGCGAGCAGGAAGCAGACAUGUCAUAUCAACCCAGUGGACAACCUGGUUAUCCACCACCAUACUCUGCACAGCCAGGUUACCCUCCAUCAGGUCAACCUGGGUUUCAGCCUCCCGGUGGCUACCAACCUCCACCAGGUGGGUACCAGCCAGGUCCUGGUGGAUAUCAACCUGGCGGAUAUCAGCCUGGCGGAUAUCAGCCUGGCGGAUACCAGCCUAGUCCUGGUGGGUACCAACCACAGGGGUAUCAGCCUCCAAUGGGGUACCCUCAGCCCACAGGGUACCCUUCUCCCGGACAACCCUACAGCCAGCCAAUUGCACAACAACCAGUCAGUGGCGGUGGAGCACCAGGCGACUGGAUGAAUAUGCCACAAGGCAAUCCCAAUGUACCGCCAGGCCUCGAGUACCUUACACUCAUUGACCAGUUGCUUGUGCAUCAAAAAGUUGAACUACUGGAAGCAUUGACUGGAUUUGAGACAAAAAACAAGUUCACUAUAAAGAACAGUGCUGGCCAGAAAGUAUAUUACGCUGUGGAGGAUUCCGAUUGCCUGACUCGCAAUUGUUGUGGUCCUCUGAGGCCAUUUGAUAUGAAGAUACUGGAUAAUUUUAGAAAUGAAGUGAUUCAUUUGAAUCGUCCUUUGGCAUGUGAUACAUGUUGGUUUCCAUGCUGUCUUCAAAGCAUGGAAGUAUCAUCACCUCCAGGAACUACUGUUGGAUAUAUUCAGCAAGAAUGGAGCAUUCUGUCACCUCAGUUUAGCAUAAAGAAUGCAGCUGGUGAUGUUGUGCUGAGGAUUGAAGGGCCAAUUUGCACAUACAGUAUUUGUGGUGAUGUAGAAUUUAAGAUUCUAUCCAAGGAUGGCAGCUCACAAGUGGGAAAAAUAUCGAAACAAUGGUCAGGUCUUUUGAGAGAGGCAUUCACAGAUGCUGAUUACUUUGGAAUAACAUUUCCAAUGGAUCUUGAUGUGAAAAUGAAGGCUGUGAUGUUGGGAGCAUGCUUUUUGAUUGAUGUAAUGUUCUUUGAGAAGAGUGGUAAUAAGGAAACUGAUCGCCCUGGAAUGUUUUAGUCGUUAUAAUGAAGACUUUGAUGUUUCUAGAGAGUUUCUCAAGUUGAAGGAUUACAUGUUCUUUGAAAAAUCUGGCAAUGCUGAACAAGAUGGCAUUGGAAUGUUUUAAAAUAUGCACCAUAUUAUACUGUUUACCAAAGCUAACAGAAUGUUUAACAUGAAGUAAGGAAUAUUGUAUUCAUACUUACCCAGUAACACAUUUGUUUGACAUCACAACAGUUUCCUCAUCAGCUUUCAAUAUUUGUGUCAGGGAGUUUGUUAAUGUUGGAGUAAGUUCAGUGACAUCUAUAAAUAUCUCAUUCAGCCACAGCACUUGUUGAGAAAUGAAUGACAUUGAUGUACAGUGAAUUUACUCGAACAGGUGAUCAUUUUUGUAGUGCGUGAAAUGUUUUAUGUGUGGAGAGUGACACCUGUCCCCAAAACAACAGAAAUUAUACGUGUAACCUCUUUUUCUGUGUCUUGAUUGUGGUGUUGUAGAUACAUCCCUGAUCCUUCAAAUGCAAUCCAUGCUGUGAAUGGAUGCAAGUUUAUCUAUACCAAAGAUAUUGGAACUGAAUAUCUACUUACACUAUCUGUGAUUCACCACAUUCUCAGUAGGAGACAUAUUUGCUGUUUUAAGUUCAACAAAAUACUUGCAUAAUUCUUGAAAUUUACUUUGUAUAAAUGCAUGCAACACAGAAUAUUUGUCCUGAUACAGGAUGUACUGUAAUAUUGUCACUACUGGUAUAUUUCUUGGUAUUGCUUUAAUAUCAGUACCUAAGAGACCCAUAGUUUUAAUAUGUGGAGCAGCACUAUAUGUUUUGAAGCAUGUAUGAUUUAAGGAAAUGGAUUUUGAGAAGGAUCCAUUGCACUGAGUGUUGAUCUAUCCCACUGAAACAUGAAAUCCAUACCUUUAUGGAAGUUUAUCAUAACUAAUAGAAGUUCAAUGCUGCUGAUCACUUAUCUGCUGCAGCAUGAAACAAGCAUUUAUUUAAACAUGUCCAAACAGUUUGUGAAUGCUAAUGUAACAAAAGCAAAAAUUGCAAUUCUGAAUAUCUUUUCCUGACUGCAGUGAAAGCUGGUUUGUAUAUAUUAUUUUGUAGAUUGCUCAUAUAACCUAUCCUGGUAAUUCAAUAAAAAAUGAAGUGCAUUUGAAGUGUGUUUCUGAUUGUUUCAUUCAAUUUGAAGACAAAUGUUUUAGAAAUAAGAAAAUAUUGUAUAUGUGGAGAUGUUACUAGAGUACUGCUAAUUAUGUUAUGCAAGUUGUGGGUUCCACUUGUAGUACUGGAAUACAAAUUUCCCUUUCUUAUAAUGUUUGUCUUCAGUCAGACAGUACUGAUAGUUUUAUUGGUUGAGAGUCACUGAUUGAAAUAUAUUACAUUAAAUGUUCCUUUAUGUUACCCUUGCAUUACAAAUUUUAUUUCACAUAUUUAAAUCAUAAAAUCAUUAUUUUUUCUUAAUAUUUCAAUGUAGAAGUAAUUAGAGAGUUUACAAAUAUAUAUUUGGUAUCAUAGAAACCCUAUGUUAUUUUUUGGACACUUUAGGAAUUGUGUAUAGCAAUAAUGUUGUAGUUAAUACCUUAAACUUUUAAAGCUUUAUCUCAUGGUCAGUAAAAAUUUUGUGCAUCCUGUUGCUGAUUUUGGUUUGUUGCAUUACCUGGACUGAAAUUUCAUGGAAUCUGCGUAUUAAGUAAUGAUAAAUAUGAGUGUACUUCCACACUUCUUCAAAAAUUUGUUGUUAUUUCAAAACAUAAAAGGAAAUAUGAAACAUUAGGUGUUCCUGCUUGUACUUUAAGUUGAAAUUAUAUUUAAAUCAUUAUUGGUACAUAAUUGCAAAAUAGGUGCUUUUUACAGAAAAUAAAUAUAUGUGAGAAAUGUUGAUGUACUAAUGUAUGAGCUUCGUUUUAUACAAACAUAAUGACCUAUUUAUCUGUAGAGUUUAUGCAGUGUAACUGGAAAAACAGUGUUGUUUCCUGCCAUAUGACACAGAAGUUUUACCUAUCAUUAGUUGUGAGUGUUGAACUUCGUCAUAAAGUCAAAUAGUCCAGGUAUAUUUCUGGUGACAUUGUCUUCUCUAUAUGUUUUCCACAUGGACAGUUAAAGCUGGUACUAAUAUGUGGCACUUUUGUGCAAUUUGAAAAAAAAGUAUUUUAUAUAAAUGUAACACAACUUAUAAGCAAAGCAUACUUGUGAUUCUUAAUGACUGUAAAAUGAUGAGCUUUGAGCAGGAAGCUUUUGCUCUAAUCCAAAUGAUCAACAGUUUGUCAGAGUGCUAGCUAACCUACGUGAAACUGGAACCUAUACACAUAUAAUUCAAAUUAAGCACAUUGAAUGUUGUUUGUAGAUUAUGAUUAUAUUUAUCCAAUUAGUGUCUUUAUUCUUCCAUGGACUGUGUAUGAGUAGCUUUGGAUGAAGCCAACAAAAUGGGAAAAAUGUCCUCCAAUUGAACACUUAAUUUCCUAUACGGUACUAUGUUUUUCGUGCCACAGAAUAUGGCUGUGUUUGUUGUUGUUAGUACUUGCUUCUCAUUUUAGGCAACUAAUAAUUAAUAUAAUAUUUUUGGUUAUAUACGGAACCACAGUAGUCUCCUUAUGUUAUAUGUGGACAACCUUUUAUUAUAUAGUUAGACUGAAUCUGCUAGUUUUCAAAAGUGUACCCCACAAUAAUAUUCUGUUACUGUAUGGAUAUGCUUUCUUUAACAGCAGGAUCAAAUGGACAUUUAAUAUGGAAUGCCAUACUGUGUUAGCUCUACAACAGAUACAUUUCCAUUUCAAGUUCUUAUUAACCAAAGGCAGCACAGGUCUUAUAUUUGGCAAGUGCUGUUUGCACAAACUUUUUUAUUGAAGUUGUAUGUGUUGUUUUUGCUGGUCUUUAUAUAAUAAUUUUUUGUACACAUAUGAACCAAAAACUAUGCUUAAUACAACGACAACAGAGGCAGUUGCUGUUUUUAACAUGUGCUUCUUUUCUUUCACUCGACACAACAAAUGAUGUUAUGCAAAUCAGUUCAACGAGUAAAUAAUUGUUAAGUCAAUUACUAUGAGACUUUGCAUUCGUGUUAACUAUCAAAGUGUGUCCAAAUUUACUUAUGAAAAAAAAAACUUUUGUAUAUAAAGGUUUUGGUACAUAGUAGUGUUUAUAAAUUUUUGUCACAAUUAUAUAUUGAACUUUUUGUGUUGUAAUAAUGAACUAACUGUUGAAACUGUAUUCUGUUAUAAAU